AGGCUAGUCCGAGUCGCCCUGGAAACAAAACUAUUGAGGGUAGACUUUGCCCUGUAUGAAGCGUUUGUGGAACAGAGCUACGCUGAAGCCGAGCGCGAAAGGUUCCCAUUACUGAGAGCUCGUUGGUUACCAAGACUCACAUGGAGAGCCCAGCGGUGGUUAACGGGGAUCAGCUUCCCCCUCCUUACAACCCCACAUACACCCAACCCUACACCCAUGGAGCCAGGAAUGUUGGGGAGGCUGAAAUUUCUACAAUCACUCAAUGUAACUCUAACGUAGGAGAAGCAGACGGUAUGCCCCCGGAAUACGCACAGUGCUUCGAAGACGUUAACUGCUUCUCCGAAGCUUCUGUCAGACGAGGCUUCAUCAGAAAGGUGUACCUCACCCUUAUGGUUCAAUUGCUGAUAACAGUUGGAAUAAUUUGUGCAUUCCUCUAUUGGGAGACCCUGAAAAUCUGGGCUAUACGCACCAGUUGGUUUGCCUACGCCAUGAUGGGGAUAACACUAGCUCUUGUCAUUGUGAUUUCCUGCUGUGGUGAUGUGCGGCGAAAGGUUCCCUUGAACUUCUUCUUUCUCGGGCUGUUCACUAUUGCAGAGGGUAUGCUGCUUGGAUCGGUGACUGUGUUCUUUAAUGCAGAGGCUGUUCUGUGGGCAGUAGGAGCCACUGCCUUGGUGUCCUUUGGUCUGAGUGUAUUUGCAAUGCAGACUAAGUGGGACUUCACAGCUAUCAGUGGAACACUUUGGGUACUAUGCUGGACUCUGUUAUCGUUUGGGUUACUCUGUGCUAUCAUGCGAUCCCAGUUUCUAUACAUUGCUUAUGCAUCGGUGGGGACAUUGAUCUUCUCGAUCUACCUGGUGAUGGAUACACAGCUAAUGCUAGGCGGGAAACACAAAUACGCCCUCAGUGCAGAGGAAUACAUUUUUGCUGCACUGAACCUCUACCUAGACAUUAUAACACUUUUCUUGAUGAUACUUCAGCUGAUCGGGCUCUGCCGUUAAUGCAAAUGACAAUUAACAACAACAACAAAAAAACUUUAUCAAAAUCCCUGCACUCUAAAUCCACUCUUAUUGCAUUCUGCAGUACUGUGAUUUUGUGUUUAUUUUCUCACAGAAAACUUAAUAUUUAUAAAAUGUGUACAUAAAUACAUACAGUCACAUUAAUUCUGGACUACAGUCCUCUCUGAAACUACUGGAACGGCAAGGCCAAUUCAUUUUUUUUUUUGCUGUAGACUGAGGACAUUUGGGUUUGAGAUGAAACGAUGAAUAUGAGAAGAUAGUUUAAGUUCAGCUUUUAUUCCCUGGUAUUUAUAUGUAGAUGUGUUAAAUGACAUACAACACAGCACAUUUUGUAUCAGACCACACCAUUUGUAGGUGAGCAAAAAUAUUGGAACAUGUGACCGACUGGUGUUCCUUGUUACCCAGGUGUGUCCUGUUAGACUGAUUGUUUAAAGAGUAAAUAGCGCUGAACAUCUACUCUUGGUUUUGGCCUUCAGUUUCACCUGUGAAGACUGCAUUUGUUGUUAAAAAGGAUCAGCCAACAUGAAGAUCAGAGAGCUGUCUGUGGGAGAAAAGCCCUUUUGAAACUGAGAAAAGAGAGAACAUCAAUGAGAGGUAUUACACAAACAUUGGGCAUAGCCAAUACAACAAUUUGGAACGUCCUGAAAAGGAGAGAAACAGCUGGUGUACUGAGCAACAGACACCGAAUGGGUCGACCAAGGAAAACAACAACAGCUGAUAGCAGAAACAUUGGGAGAGCUGUGAAGAGAAAACCCAAAACAACAGUCAGUGACAUCACCAACAACCUCCACAGGGCAAGGGUGAAGAAUACUUAGAGCGCAGAAAUAUAGCGGUCAGACGACAAGAUGCAAACCUCUCAUCAGCAGUAAGAAUCAGAAAGGCAGAUUGAAAUUAACAAAGAAAUACUGAGACAAAAGUUUUGGAACCAGGAUGAACCUCUACCAAAGUGAUGGAAAGGCCAAAGUGUGGAGAAAGAAAGGAUCUGCUCAUGAUCCAAAACAUACAAGCUCAUCUGUGAAACAUGGUGGCGGUAGCGUCAUGGCCUGGGCUUGCAUGGCUGCUUCUGGAACAGACUCACUAAUCUUUAUUGAUGAUGUAACUCAUGAUGGCAGCAGCAGAAUGAAUUCAGACAUUUACAGCAACAUUCUGUCUCCAGUUUACAGUGAAGUUCAUCAUGCAACGAUGAUCCAAAAUACACGGCCAACUCAACAAAGGACUUUUUCAGGGGGAAACGUGGAAAGUUUAAGGCCAAGUCAAUCACCAGACCUUAACCCAGUUAAACAGCAUUUCACCUCCUGAAGAGGAAACUGAAGGGAGAAACCCCCAAAACAAACAACAACUGAAAGAAGCUGCUGGAAAAGCAACACAAAAGAAGAAACCGACAAUCUGGUGAUGUCUGUGAUGUCAGUGAGUCGCAGGCUUGAUGCAGUUAUUGCAAGCACGGGAUACGCAACUAAAUAUUAAGCGGUAUUUACUUUCAGUUACUUCAAGACUUAUCUGUUCCUAUACUUUUGCUCACCUAAAAAUUAGGUGGUCUGAUACAAAAGGUUCUUUGUUUUAUGUUGUUUAACACAUCUAGAUGCAAAUACCAGGGAAUAAAAUCUGAAAUCCGAAACUCUCGUCUCAUCUCCAUCUUUUGAUCUCAAACCCAGAUGUCUUUGGUGUACAGCACAAAGAAAUGAGUCGGCCUUGCCGUUCCAGUAGUUUCUGAGGGGACUGUACAUGCUACCUUGUAACUCAGGGAUUUCUGCUGAUGCAUAAUGAACCAAUAAAAGACUUCAGAUA